AUGGAUUCUCUGCUACGAAAUGGAUCUUAUUUUGACAAGAAGAAGGUUGGUUUUUGAAAAACAUGAUUUAAAUUUUUAGAAGUAAGUAAGGCUUCUUCCAUAGUUAUUAAGUGUUCUCGAACGAAUGAAAUUGUUUGACAGCAAUAAAUACUUGGAAUUAUUUUUAAAAACCUUUUUUACCUUCAAGAAACAGUUACGUUGCGGAAGCAGGAACACGGAAUUAUAAGACCUUGUUUUGUCUUUCGGAUCUUUUAUUUUUAGCUGCUGUCGAGUCGAACGUGCAUUCCGUUUUUAUAUAAUGAAUUAUAACUUUUAACUUUUUUUUUCUCUGACGCUUACAAAGCCGUUUAUUUUCCAGGCCUCUUAAAAAUUUUCUACUUCAUGUUAUAGAAUAAAUUUCCACGGAAGUGGUUUUCAAAAUUGUCUCCGUGUCUUGAGAACCAUGUUAGGGCUUGUCUUCUACUACUUAACCUGCUACACACGUCGAUUGAAGGUGGCCGAAGAGCUUGUGGUGAGACACGGACUCUACGUGACUUGCGGCGUCUUCAUCGUCAUAGCCAACGCCAUUUGCAUCGUCGUUUUCAACUCGACGAGAGAAUUCCGCAGCCGAUUCCUUUUUUUCACACUUCUCUCUUUUUCUGAUACGGUAAAUUGUUGUUGAGAACAACAUUCUUUGAAAAAUUUUUCCUUCACUUUUCACGAAAAUUGCAGGUUAAUGGGGUUUCAUUCAUUGUGACAGGCCUCGAAAGAAAUUCGGUCAUUUUGGAGGGCCUCUUUUUCACGCCAACAACUAAUUUCGAAUGUCUCAUUAAAAAGUCCUGGCCUUUUCUUCUUCUUCUCGGAGGUUUGACAACAAAAAAGCAAAUUUUAAAUCACGUUGAAAUUUGGACCUAACUUGAAAUUUAUGGGAUUCUUAAAAACAAAGAUUACCAAGUUGAUCUAAAUCUUAUUAAGUUUUAUUCAGUGUAUUACAUCACGAUCGCGAAAAAAAAAACUUUUGGAGACUUUGACUUCUUGCUCAAAUUUCGAGAGUUGAAGAGACAAUGCAUCGAACAUCAGACUUAUUUUGUUUUUCGGAAGGGUCUGAUUUCUUUGCAGUCUACUCUCUCUGAACUGUUAACUGUUAAGGAAGAGAAGACCGCAAAGAAAUCAGACCCUUCUUAAGACUUAACAAGACUAUCAUUUAUGUUCUUUUUUUUUUCAUAAUUCUAUGACUUUAUUGGUGAAGGAUGAGCACUUAGUCAGAAAUAUUCAAGUCGUGGCAAAUGAAAUAUACGUUAUAAUAUUGAAGGAAAAUGUUGUUUUAGGACAGCUUCCGGCUAUUUUCAACACACUUUUGGCUUUGGAACGAGUUAUAGCGGUGACGUUCAUGUCGUGGUACCGUAACGUCUGGGGAGCAAGGCAUCGCGUAUUUCUGGCCGCAUUGGGAAUGGCUUUCUGCUUCGUGGGUUUUGAAAUACAGAGAUCAUUUCAAAGCCAUUUCGACAAUUAAAAAUUUUGUUUUUAACCUAUUUUCCCUUCACUUUUUUUCCGUCUCUCAGAGUAGGUUAUGAAAAUUUCCGCAUUUUCCAUUUUCUUCAAUUCGAUGUUGGUUUAUUUUUUAAAAUCUGAUAAAAAAGAGGUAUUAAUGUUGCGUAAUUUAAUGUUAAGUAAUUUUUUGUAUUGAUUUGUGACAACUCCAAGAAAUAUCAUAAAUGGACUUUGACGUGUGCAAAUCGCUCUGACAUCGAGUCUGUUUCACAGGUUUUGAAUGCCCUUGCACUAUUGGCAGCAUACCAGUCUCCCACCCUGAACCACGACCAAAUGUGCGGAGUCAUGGACGCUCUCGGCCAUUUCUACGGAGCCAUUCAUUUCAUCUGGAUCGCGUUCGCCUAUUUCCUUUCCUUCUGUGUGAUCUGUCUGCUCUACUGGCACACCUCCAAAAGCAAGGCGAGAAUAUUCUUUUGCUCUUUCAAUCAACCGAGAUUUCCAGAUGCUCAAACGUUCGGAGAGAAGAAAGCAGUUGGCAGUUCUCCUGCUCACCGGCGGAUCCGUUUUUUUGGUCUCACUUCCUAACCUGACCAUCGUCCUUGACGAGUGGUAUCCCAUGAAGUUCAACGUCUUGUUCGUUGGUAUCCUCGCUUUUUCUGGUCAGAACAUUUUUUUUCUUUUCAGGAGUCGCUUAUUGUUUUUACGGACUGCAGUCUUGCGCAACUCUACCUAUAUUUUACUGCUUCCGUUCAGAAUUCAGAAGCCGUCUACGAUCCAUUUUGUCCACGUCAGGAGCCUCACCUCUUUCAAAAGUUUGUCGAUGA